CAAAAUUAAGAUAUCUACAAAAUUUUUAAUGUGGUAAAUCUGAAUUUACACAAGUACCUAAAGUCUAGUUGUCGGUUCUGCGACUCUCGCCGUUGCCCGUUGGGAAUUUUCACUUUUGUUCGUUAGCAGAUGCGAAGAAAUCGAGGAAACAUGUGAAAAGGAAUCGUCGGAUCGCCGAAGCGAUGAAAAUUCGGGAAGAGACGGAGACGGGAAAGGGAAGGGGAAAAGAAAUUGCUUUUACUGACGUGCUCUAAACGGCAUGGCGUCCGUUCGAAAAGAAGAGCACCGUCGUUUUUGUCGAGGGCCCCCUCCUAAUGGCCAGACCGAGCAUCGCUAGAUAGGACAGCCGCUUAAGUUCUCCUGGUACCAGGUUGUCGAAGGAGGUCACCCGGUCACCCAGAUGAGGUUCUUUGCCCGUUGUUACCUCCGCACCUCGGCCAAUGGCGUGGCACUUCAUCGUUGCCGUGGCGAAUCCUGUCGCCAGUUUUCGUGCCGACCGCCAGCCGAUCGCCGAUCCGAGACCCGCGCCCGGCUUUGUGUGCCCAGAUUUAAGCUGCUUCCUUCCUGGGCAGGAUCUCCAGGCCUCCUCGACGUGUGAAUCUUCUCUCGCUAGUUUCUCUCGUCUGGUGCCGCGAGUUUUCCACCGAUCGUUCGUCGUGAGAGUCGUCGUCCCCUAGCCACGAGGGAAUCUUCGGAAACAAAAAUCUUCGUCGUCGGUGAUGGCCGUCAAGUUCACGAUCCUGGUGCUGUUGACCAUCGCGGUCGUCGUGGUGUCUUCCGCUGGACUGCUCGAGACGCUGCUCUCCUGGGACCUUCCGGAUGCUGUGGGCAGAUCGACCACGCCGCAGUCCCAGUGCCUCUGUCAAACCUCCAACUGCCUAUGCUGCAUCGAUCUGAAUCUGACAGCGACCAUCGAUUUGGGUGGGCCGGCGUGCAUCAACGUCAAGCAAAAGGAGCAGAACGUCUCGUUGAACCUCAGUUACGGCGACAAUCCCGUGCACAAUGCCACCAUUAAGAUCGUGGACGCAUCGAACAGGCCGACCUGCAUGAACCUUCUGUCAGACCUGGCGCAGAUAUGCGCGAAAUUUACGUCGAUGAGACAGUCGGAAGCCGGCUACGACGGUUGCCUGGUGAUCGAGCCGGCUCUGUUGGGCACACCGCAAGCCACUUACCACAUGGGGUGCUUCAAUUUUAAUCAGGUGGUGCGCCAGAUCGAAGCCUCUGCCGCCAUCGAGACAACAGAAGCCACCGAGACCACGGAGGACGAGGACGACUCGUUGAACACCGAGGAGUUCAUAGCGGCGGUGUCGGCCAGCGCGGAACAGGGGAUAGCUCUCUUCUCUCAAUGGCUCGGUCUAAAUCUGAAUCCGAAACUAAACCUGACCAACAGCAGGAACAGUCAAGACGCGAGCGGGCAACGUUCCACUCCGUCCACCACGUCCAGAUCAGCUCGAGCACACUGGGAUCAAGAAGAGAAGAACGACGAACGGUUCAAGCAACUGCUUAGUGCUCAAGACAACGUGUUGAAGGGAUCGGCGACGAUCGGCCAGUCGAACGGAGCCGAAACGACGUUCGUUUAUUCAAAACCCCCUGAAUUGUUCUCGUCCGAGAAGACCUCGAACGAGAGACUGGCACAGGACCGGAUGAAAAUCGUACCGCAACACCUGGCGGUGGUGCCGAAGGAGUCGAGGAGAGGCGGAAGAGCGUACAAUAUUCAUCAACACGUGAACGAGAUCUGAAACGCGUUGCUCUCCCAAUUCGACUCGAUCGAUUCAGGAUGAUAAUUAAAACGUAGAGUUUAGGCUAUCUCACACGUAGAUCGUAUUCCCGAGCUAGGGGCAGAAUUUUCUUACCUUUUGCCUCCCUUUCCCUUCGUAUCUCUUUAUUCUUCUUGCUUGUUUCAUUUUCCUUUAAUUCUCGACGAAUUCGACUAACCAACUACACUUCGUCAUCGCAUUAAUCAACAUUGGGCUAUUGUUUGUUCAUUUCGAGGAGACUCUUUCUCUCUCUCUCUGAUCAUCUCCGUCAGAAUGAUCUCAUCGCCUUUUCUUCUCUCCCUCCGCGAAAUUUCUUUUGCUCGAAGCAUCGCUAACGCUCGCGAUUCUUCGAGAAUGUACGACGAGUUCGGAUGAACGAAACGAACCGCCAUCUGUAAUCAUAAUUAACGGGGAAGACAUGAAGUAAGAUAUAUAUAAAUAAAAUAUAUGUGGAUUUUUAUCACAGGAGAGUGUACAGUUACGAUGGCUCGUUUCCAUUAUGCGAACUGUUUAUUUAUUUUUUCGAUUUCGCAUAGUAAGUAGAAAAUACAAUAAUUAUCCUGCAAGUAGUUCGUGUUCAUGCAACAACAUCGAGUUGUACUUACAUAUAUUUAUCGUCAAACU